GAGCUCAGCAGUCGCGUUGAUAAUGUCGAUUUGAACAGUUCAACUGAGACUCCUAAUCAACUCUUUCUUUUCCCUGUGAAUUUUGUUUUCCUACAAAUUUUCGACUUUCUUUAAAAAAGAAAUUAUUUAUUUGUUUUUAUUUCUUCAUUUUAAUCGUUGAAAAGUAUAUUUUGCGGAAAAAAAAAUUUUUAACAAGAAAAUAUAUAAGAUGACAUCCGAAGAAACAUCGACCAUGUACGGCAAUCCGUUAUCUGAAUUUUUUCACUUCUUUAUGGAUUUCCUCAUAUUCACGGCUCGAUCACUUUAUUUCCUAUUGGAAACUCUUAUUCUCACCGUUUUACCAAACCGUUAUCGUAAAUUGAAGGACGUUUCCGGGCAAGUUGUAUUGAUCACUGGUGGUGGCGGCGGUGUUGGAGCACAUUUGGCUCGAAAUUUUUGUAAACUAAGAGCAAAAGUCGUCAUUUGGGAUGUGAACAACGACGCGAUCAACAAGACAAUCGAAGAACUUGAAGCUGAGGGCAUCUCGUGCAAAGGAUACGUCGUUGACAUAUCAAAACGGGAAAAUGUUUUCGAAGCAGCCAAAACGUUGAAGGAGAAAUUUGGGGGUGUUGACAUUUUGAUCAAUAACGCUGGUAUUGUUUGUUGCAAACCGCUAUGGGAUUUACCCGAAAAAGUCAUUGAAAACACCUAUAACGUCAAUAUCUUAUCACAUUACUGGACGACAAAAGCCUUUUUACCCGAAAUGAUGGAAUCGAAUCGCGGUCACAUCGUCACCGUAGCUUCAGUUGCUGGACUACUGGGUACUUAUGGAUGUACUGAUUAUUCGGCAACGAAAUUCGCUUGCGUCGGAUUCCACGAAGCAUUGUUCACCGAACUCAAAACACAUGGAUAUGACGAUAUUCACAUGACAUUGGUCUGUCCGUACUAUAUCGCAUCGGGAAUGUUUGCUGGUGUUAAACCAAGAUUAUUCCCAAUGCUCACCACCAAAUAUGUUGCUGAUCAAAUUACAUUGUCGGUUCAAAAGAACGAAGUCAACUGCACAAUGCCAAACAGCAUUCGCUUAUUGUUACCAUUGAAAUGUCUUUUGCCAGCCAAAAUGUGCUGGGAUAUGAUGAUUCACGUUAUCAAAGGACCACAAUCGAUGAUGAUGUAUAAGGGACGGGGACGCGUUGCUGCUGGUUAAUUCUUAAGCAUUUUCUAGUUUUAUUUAUAGUAU